CAUGCAACCAAAGCAGUUCCGGAUCGUAUCCGGCCAGCAGCAUGCUGGGAAAUGUAUUCCUCAUCCCUUUAUUCCGUUCCCACCGUCUCCGACGCGAAAGAUGCCGGCCGUACACCACAAAUUAUUACUCGAGGAGGCCUUGCAAGACAGUCCGCAGACGCGGUCCUUGCUCAGUGUGUUUGAAGAGGAUGCAGGCACGCUCACUAACUACACAAACCAGCUGCUCCAGUCUAUGCAAAGAGUGUUUGGAGCACAGAAUGAAAUGGCUCUGGCGACAGAACAGCUUUCUAAGCAGCUCUUGGAUUAUGAGAAACAGAAUUUUGCUCUGGCAAAGGGCGAUGAAGAGGUGAUCAACACUUUACAGCACUUCGCCAAAAGCGUGGAAGAGCUGAACUCUCUGCACGUUGAACUGGCGUCUCAGAUUGCAGACAAGAUGGUGUUUCCCAUGGUGCAAUUCAGAGAGAAGGACCUUACAGAGAUCAGCACGUUGAAGGAGAUAUUCGGCAUCGCCAGUGAUGAGCAUGAAGCUGCCAUGGUGAAAUAUAGUCGUUUACCUAAAAAGAGAGAGAAUGAGAAGAUAAAAGCCGAGGUGGUGAGAGAGGUGGCGUAUUGCCGCAGGAAGCAGCAUCAGGCGGCGAUGCAGUAUUAUUGUGCUCUGAACGCGCUGCAGUACAGGAAGAGAGUGGCCAUGCUGGAGCCCAUGCUGGGAUACACACACGCUCAGAUUAAUUUCUUUAAGAAGGGGAUGGAGCUGGUGUCGAAGAAGAUGGACGGUUUUCUAAGCUCAGUUUCCAGCAUGAAUCAGAGUAUUGAGUCUCAGUUAGAGGUGGAAGCAGAGGUCAUGCGUUCGUCUCAGAGAGAGCUCCUGUCCGUGGAUGACACCGUCUACAUGCCGGAUCACGAUCAGGUCCCUGUGAAUCGCGGCCUCAUCCAGAAAGCCGGUUACCUCAACAUCAGGAAUAAGACGGGUCUGGUGACCACGGCGUGGGACCGCUUGUUCUUCUUCACGCAGGGCGGUAAUCUGAUGUGUCAGCCGCGGGGCGCGGUGGCAGGUGGGAUGGUCCUGGAUCUGGACAACAGUUCUGUCAUGGCCAUCGAGUGUGAGGACCGCCGCUACUGCUUCCAGAUCACUGCACCCAACGGCAAAACGUCUCUGAUUCUUCAGGCUGAGAGUAAGAAGGAAUAUGAAGAGUGGAUCUGCACCCUCAACAACAUUUCCAGACAAAUUUAUCUAACUGACAAUCCUGAGGCCGUGGCGAUCAGGCUGCAUCAGACGGCCCUCCAGGCUGUGACCCCCAUCACCAGCUUUGAGAAGAGAGCAGAGGGUUCUCCUAACCCCGACCGAGCGAAACCAGGCGCUGGGAGCUCUAGAGAGCCUCAGAAACCCCCGACGACCCUGGAGCCUGAAGAUCUGAUCGUCCCAGGAACACCGAUCCAGUUUGACAUUGUGCUGCCUGCGUCCGAGUUCCUGGACCAGAACCGAGCUGGAGCGAGGCGCACAAACCCCUUCGGUGAGACGGAGGAUGAUGACGACGCUUCAGACACACACGAUUCGCUCCUGCAGCAGGUGUUUGCCGUGCGGUUCUUGGGUUCGAUGGCCGUUCGGGCCGGUCACACACAGGAAGUGAUCUAUGAAGCCAUGAGGCAGGUUCUCGCCGCUCGUGCGAUUCACAACAUCUUCAAAACCACCGAAUCCCACCUGAUGGUCACCAGCAGCUGCAUCAGGUGCGCAUGCCGUCUCACCUCUGAACUAGACGCUGUUUCACAUAUUAACAUACAUACAGGAUGCUUAAGUGUUUCUGUGUCUGCCUACAGACUGAUCGAUCCACAGACACAAGUCACCAAGAUCAGUUUCCAGCUGAAGGAGGUGACUCAGUUUGCCGCCCAUCAGGAGAACAGCAGGCUGAUGGGCUUUGUCCUGCAGGGGAGCGACUGGAGCAACGGAGGCGAGGAUCAGGCCUCCUUCAGCGUGUUCGUGUUUGAGAGCAACACUGAAGGAGAGAAGAUUUGUUACACUAUAAACCUGGGGAAGGAGAUCUCUGAGGCAAAGAAGGACCCUGAAGCUCUGGCGCAGCUGAUGAAGUCGAUGCCUUUGACAAACGACGGCAAGUUUUUGCUGCUGGAGAGCGAGACGGGAGACGAAGCGGAAGCAGCCGGACCGGACGAGCAGGAGUCCGAGGCCUGAUCUGAACACACACACACACACACACACACAUUCUCUGCUGCCGUUCUCCUGUCCUCCCCUCACAUCUCCACACAGACUAAUGAAGGAAAGGCCACAGGUGUUUGAGUGAACAUCGCUAAUUCGUUUAGCACUCACCCAGUUGUACAUGCUCAUGAUGAAGGUUAAAGGCUUGUUUUAAUCCAUCAGACACGAGUUUACAAGCUCAAGGAAUAAUUCAACAAAAGAUUAAAAAAUUCUCACAGUUUCUCCAGUGACUAUCAUCUUGAGAUUUGGUUUGUUCCUCAUGCAAGGGUAUUGCAUGACUAAAUAUAGUGCUCGAGUACUCUAAACCAGUUUUAUUAUGUUAAUGGUACGUUUUGGAGUUCAGCAGUGUAAAUUAAUGUUUCAGUUUCUCUGUGUGGGGAAAAAAAAAGCAACUCAAGAGUUCUCAUUUCUGGGUAUACUGUCACUUUAAGAAAUGUCUUUUAUUUGCAUCGAUUGUCAUUUAAACUUGAUUACUGUUAAAAAUGUUUCCUAAAGUCAGAUGCUGUUUCAGCUACAAACCGAUUUCUUAAUAGUAGUUUAUUGUGUUGCCUAUAACAGGAAGAUUUCAGGUUUCUCACACUACAUAACCAUGAAACCUGAACAUUUGCACUUUCUUACUCCCUGUUGCAUCUGACUUUAAUUGCUGAUAUGUUUUAUAAUCAUUUACAUUCCAUUAAGAUACCAUGCUUUUAAUCAAGUUUUGCAAAACUAGUAUCCCAAUUUGCAUACUAGCAAUUAUAUACUUUAGAAUGCAAGAUAAGUGAAGUUUUAAUAUGCAUUCAUGCAUGCUAAUACAGCUUCAGAAUGAAAAGACAUUUGUGUUGUUGGUAAAAUUUCAGAAUGCAUGAACAAAACAUUAAUUAAUAAUUUGCCCAAAAAUGAAAAUUAGCUGACAAUUUGCUCUAAACUGUUCCUUUAAGGUAACUUAAAAAUCUAAUUCAGUUAGAUGCUAAUGCUCACAUGCAGAUUUAGAUUCAAAAAAGGUGAAUUUUUUGACUUGCUAGAUGUGCUAGUGUGCAGAUUGGGAUUCAGAGCAGAAUGCAAAACAAAAUUGCAUUUAUUUCUCUACAGUUUUGGUUUUAAUAUUACUUUUUUUUGAUUGCUUUUAAAACACUAAUUUAAAACCACUAGCAUGAGUUUACUUCCCGUUGUCUGUUUACAUUUGAUAGCGUAGAAAACAUUAACUGAAAUAGGAAAUUCGGACCCAUCCUAUAGAUGGAAAAACAGCUGCAUAUAUUUUAUCAUUCAUUCUGUGGAAAAAUUAAUCUCAGGGUGAGUCUGGUAACAAAAGAAAAUAAUUUUUCAAACCUUUUUUUUUGGCGCUGAAGGGCUUUUUCCCCUCAGUAUUUCCUUUCUGAGCAGAAAUCAAGUUCCUGCAAGUGGUUUGCUAGUGAAUGACAUUGAACGGUUUACAUCUAUUGUGCUGGAGCAAGUGUUUCUCUAACUCUAAUAUGCCUCAGUAACCAUCUGAAGUGUAACCUGCGAUAAGCUUUAGCAUGAAGAAAAAUAAAAACAUUCAUGAAUGUGAACGGAUGUGCAGCAGUUAUUAGUGUUCGCUUCAGCUCUGUUCAGAAUGUAAAACUCUAAUAAAGCUUUGUGACCAUUUCUAACUUC